AUGCCUGCUGAGCCGCCCGAGAUAUCCAAUUUGCAACUCGAGGAUGAGCCGACAAGGGUCAUCUACUGCAAUGGACAUGCCGUACUUCUAACUCCUGUAUCGAAAGACGGCGAUAUUGUUAUAGAAGUCCGAGAUCCAUCCACACUUCAAUUCUCUUUCUUUCAAGUCGACUCUCAAUGUCUUUCUCGAGUUUCACCGUAUUUCGAAACUCUCUUCCAUCCCACCAAGUUCCACGAAGGCGCGACGCUCAGCGAAGCAAGGCUACACCUGCACGAGAGCCAUAAGAAUUCGGAAAGGGCGGCAGUCGAAAGUCUGCCCAGGGUGACCCUUGAGGAGCUUGGACAUCUCACAUCCACGAGGCCAUCCGAUCGCGUGGUGGCUGAUUUUCUUCGAUUACUCCAUGGCUACGACCUCCCCGAUCUUCCGAAAGAAAUCUCGGCUCUCAAAUACGCUGCCACCCUCCUGAUCUUGGCGGAUCGGUUCCAAACGAUUUCUACGGUAGCUCCGCAUGUCCAGCAUGGGAAGCUCGCUCAAGCUCUUGAUCGGAAGCUAAAGGCAUCCAAAACGCUACAGUUCAAUGAAGAGCGAGAGCGACAAAAACUCUUGAUUGGCCUGAUGAUUGGUCAUUUCCCAUUGGUUCAACGAUCAAGCAAGGCAUUAAUCAUUAACGGAUCAACCAUGUGGGACCCUGAGGAGGAAGAAGAACAAGAUGGGGAAGAGGAUGUGGACAUGUGGUGGGACCUCCCGAAUGGACUAGAGACGGAAUUACGCUAUCGCCGCGAGUGUAUCUUGCGAACGUUGAAUUCUAUACAGACAUACUUUCUGAAGCAGUUCACAUCCAAACAGCGACAAUGCCGACUAGGCUAUGACUCUUCGGCGCAAUGCGAUUCUUUUCAGCUUGGCGAAAUGGUUCGAUUCUUUGUCCGAAUUGGAACUCUCCGCCUGCAAGGCAACAUUUAUGACCAUGGCGAAGGAGCCGAUGCGCACCCUGGAAAUCUUGAUCGGCUCUUGGAAUCGUUGCGCCAAUGUCCGUCUUAUCAGAUUGAUCGAAACCAUUCGCAUUGUGGCCUCCGCACAUUGAUCUUACCUAUUUUAAGCUAUCUUGAACUGUGGAUCUCACUGGAGGCUCAAAUAUGCGCUCGAUGCUGGAAGGAUGAUCGAGCAAAUUACUCAUGGUUGAGUGCUCCGCCGAGCAGAACCUAUAAAUUCCAGGUAUCUGCACCACGAGGCUCUCGAAAGAAUAAGAGUGCCACUUCCCGUACUCCUUGUGGCACUGAUCAUGGUGUUGCAAAACACAUUUUCACCGCCGAGACUCAUGAGUGGAAACCCGAUGCAUAG